AUGCUUCCUGCUCGCCCUCUCAUUCGAUCAACUGUGCCUCGUGCCGCACGUGCUUCUCGUGCUUCUCGUGCUUCUCGCCAAGUUCGAUUCCAAUCUACAGCCUCAUCUUCAUCGAGCAGCACUCAUCUCGCCACCGGUAUCGCUGGUGGCUUUGUCGGCUCAGCCAUCUUCUACGGCAUCUACUCUUACACACCCGCUGGCCGUGCUGCUUCAGGUAUCAACAAAGCUGCCAAGGAGGCCCAGCAAAAAUAUGAGGCCGCCGCAAAGAAGCUCCAGAAGAACACCCCCGAUGCCGAUCAGGCUGUGAACUACAUCAAGGAGUUUGCUUACUCCUACGUUGGUUGGAUCCCAGGUGGUCGCGCCUACGUUGAUGCUGCCUUCCAGGACUGGGAAAAGGUUCGGGAGAACAACAAGGAUGAGGCCGACAAGCUCGUCAACGAUGCCUACAAGCAGUUCCAACAUCUUUCCAAGUCUGGCCUGAGCCUCGAAACUGCUUCCAAGGCCUACGACGUCCUCGCCGAUCUCGCCAAGAAGGUCGCCAACCUCGCUGGUGAUGCCAUCGGCGACAUCAUCGACAACCACCCCCAGGUCAAGGAGAAGCUUGGCAGCAACGUUGACCAGCUCAAGGAGCUCGGUGACAAGUAUGGCCCCGAGGCUAAGAAGCAGGUCGAUGAGACUUGGAAGCAGGUCAAGGACAUCUUUGCUGGAGGCUUCAGUGCCGCUAGCAUAAGCAAGGCCCGCAAGCUCGUCGAGGAGAAGGUGGAACAGAUCAAGAAGCUCGGCGACCAGGCCUGGAAGAAGGGUCUUGAGGAGGCCAAGCCCUACCUUGACAAGAACCCCAAGGUUAAGGAGCUCAUCGAGAAGAACGCCGAUGCCCUCAAGGAAGGCAACACCGCCGAGCUGUUCAAGCGCGCCAAAUCCGCCGUCGACUCUGGCGACUUGGGCGACCUGGAGAAGUACGUCAAGGAUGCGACCGAGAAGGUCAAGUCCAAGGGCAAUGAGCUCACUGGCGGCUGGGUCGACAUUGAGAAGUACAUCAAGGAGAUCCCUAAUGGUGGCGAGGUCAUGGAGAAGCUGCAGCAGUUGAGCGAGGUUGCGGACAAGCACAAGGAGGAGGGUGAGAAGCUUUUCAAGGAGACCGUUGAGGAACUUCGACAAGUGUUGGAGAAGAAGUCUGAGAAGGCCCAAGAGAUUGCUGGUGAGGCAAAAAAGGACGCCAAGAAGGAGACCAAGUAA